AUGCUAAAUCGUGGUCUGCGAAUGCUUGAAGUUAAUGUUAUACUUAAAAUGGCUUUCUUUCUUCGUCAUCUUCAUCAUCAUAUUGAACAACUUCAUAAAGAACAAUCGAACGAAAAUCAAGUUCCAUUUACUGUUUAUCGUGGUCAAGGAUUGUCCAAACAAAACUUUGAUAAUCUUUACAAAACAAAAGGAGGUCUCCUAUCGUUCAAUAAUUUCUUAUCUACUAGUAAGGAAAGAAAAGUCUCCAUGAACUUUGCUCGUUGUGCAUUGGGAAAUUCUGAUUUUGUCGGUAUCCUCUACACUAUGACUAUUGAUCCUGCUGUUUCAUCGACUCUCUUUGCUCUACUCGACAAAGUCAGCUAUUAUGAAGACACUGAACAAGAGAUUCUUUUCGCCAUGAAUACUGUAUUUCGCAUUGGUGACAUUGAACAAAUCGACGGUAAUAAUCGGCUAUGGCAAGUGAAACUUACUCUUACUGCUGAUCAUGAUCCACAACUUAGUACUCUUAUAACACGACUCCGAGAAGAAGCUCAGGGAACAACUGGAUGGCAGCGACUAUGUCGAUUAUUGAUAAAACUAGGCGAAAAUGAUAGAGCCGAAGAACUCUACAAAGUCUUACUCAAUCAGACAUAA